ACCUAGAGAAAUGAUUUUAUUCCCAUGAGAGUUGAGACAAUGCCCCACACCUCUUCUCCUCUCUGUCUGCCCUUGAAAACAAAACAGAAGAAAAACUUUGUCUUUCUUCUAACCAAAUCCCAUAUUUCCUCACUCACACACACCAAUAUGGGUCUGAUUUGAACCUUUAGACCCGACCCAGAUCCUGUUCAUUCCAUCUUAUUCACCCAUAACAAUCUUUACCAUUUUCUACCAACCCAAAUGGAGAAAAGUCACAUGAUUAUACUUAUUGUCACACUCUCUUCUUCUUUUGUAAUUUUUCUUAUUCUUUUCUUGAUUUGUGUAUGUACAAGAAAAAGGUCUGCAGGAAAUGAAGCAUGGGAUAAAGAAGCAAACCCUGAGUUAAAAAAACAAACUGAAGUUGAAGAUAUAGAGGUUAAAGGGGACUUGAUAAGGUUUGAAGGUGGUGAAGAUCUAACUUGUUUUGAUAUAUUGGAUGCUCCUGGUGAAGUGAUAGGGAAGUCAAGUUAUGGUACUUUGUAUAGAGCUAACUUGUUGAGUGAUUCAGUUUUGUUGUUGAGGUUCUUGAGACCAGCUUGUACUGUUGGGAAGGUACAAGAUGUGAUGCAUGUUGUACAGCUUUUGGGGGCUGUUAGGCAUCCUAAUUUGGUGCCUCUUUGUGGAUUUUAUUCUGGGCCUAGAGGUGAAAAGCUUCUUGUUUAUCCCUUUUUCAAGAGAGGAAAUUUAGCUCAAUUUAUUAGAGAUGAGAAUGGUGAGUCACACAAAUGGGAAAUCAUUUAUAAAAUAUCAAUGGGUAUUGUUAGAGGAUUAGAUCAUCUGCAUACAAGCCUCCAGCGGCCGAUUAUCCAUGGAAAUCUCAAGUCGAAAAACAUACUUUUGGGACGAAAUCAUCAACCUUUUGUAUCUGAUUUCGGCAUACAUCUUCUUUUGAAUACAACGGCGUUACAAGAUAUGAUAGAAGAUGCUGAAGUUGAGGGUUAUAAAGCGCCUGAAUUAACUAAAGCGAAAUAUUUUACUACUCAAACUGAUAUCUACAAUCUUGGGGUGAUUUUACUUGAGUUAAUUACUGGUAAGGAACCGAUUAACGGAAAAACGAACGCUAGUGAAGAUUUACAUUUGCCGGCCUUGAUAAGAAAAGCAAUCUUGGAUCAUCGGAUGUCGGAUUUAUACCAUCAUGAUGUUCUUGAAAACGAUAAUGGUGGAUCAACUUGUGUUAAUGAAGAUAUUAUUAUCAAAUUUGUUCAGCUGGCGUUAGAUUGUUGCUCUCCUUCGCCUUCUCAUAGGCCCGACAUAAAGCAGAUUUGCACGAGGCUUGAAGAAAUUGGACGAAAGUCAUGAAGUUUUACGCGUUGGGGACAAAAAGUGGUCAAAGUGGUCAAAAGGUUCAAAAUCUUGGAAACAAUGGGAUGAGGGUUCUGCUUUGGUGUAAAUGAGUUCAGUCGAGUCUAAAUUCAACUGGGCUCAUUUAGAUUAUGAGAGCUCGAGCUUGAAGUCGACUCAUAUAAUGCUCUAUGUCAAUUGUCAAAAUCUCGAGCUCGACCUGUAAGAAAUGUUGUAAGCUCGAGCGUGGCCCAUAAGGAAUUGUUGUAAGCUCAAGCUCGGUCCUUAUAUUAGUGAACGAUUUUUCAUUUAUACGUAGUAUAAAUAUUUAUUAUAAUUACAUAUGUAAUAGUAUUUACUAAUUAAAGUAUAUAAGAAUUUUAUAUUUAUUUAA